UCUCACCUUAAGCAUCACACAGAGGAAAACACCAUCGAGAACACCCAGAAAAGCUCCGACAGAUACGCCUGUGUCUCUUGCUUUGUUCACGUUACGCACGUUGCUCGAAGAUCGCCGGUCGUUGAUCGCAGCGCUUGUGUGUGUGUUUGAGUAUGGAUCACGAGAGCAAGACCACCACCACCCACGAGUGCGAGACGCCGGUCGUCCAGGAAGGGCCGGUGGAGACCCAUGACCGAGGGCUGUUCGACUUCAUGAGGAAGAAGGAGGACGAGGGAGCGAUGAAGCAAGAGGAGGUGGUGAUGGCGGCGGAGUUCGAGGAGAAGGUGAAGGUCGAAGAGUGCGUGGAGAAAGAGGAUAAGGAGAAGGAGAAGGAGAAGAAGCAUGGCGGCCUCUUGGAGAAACUCCACCGAUCUGAUAGCAGCAGCUCUAGCUCUUCCGACGAAGAGGAAGGUGAGGGAGAGGAAAAGAAGAAAAAGAAGAAGGAGAAGAAAGACAAGAAGAAGAAGGAAGAAGAGGAAGAGAAGAAGCACGAGGAGGACACGACCGUCCCCGUGGAGAAGUGCGACGAGCCGGGUGUGCCGGCGGAGGAAAAGAAGGGCUUCCUCGAUAAGCUGAAGGAGAAACUGCCUGGAGGUCAGAAGAAGGCCGACGAGGCCUCUUCCCCGCCGCCGCCGCCACCGCCGCCUUCAGCGGAGUGUCCGCCGGUGGAGCCGCCAUGCCAGGACGGAUCUCCCAAGGAGAAGAAGGGAUUGCUGGAGAAGAUCAAGGAAAAGCUGCCCGGGUACCAUCCCAAGAGCGACGAGGAAAAGGAAAAGGAGUGCCACUGAGGGGGAGAAAAGAAAGAGAGAGAGGACCGCCCUUUGCUCUUUUGUUAAAGUUUUACGUGUGGUUUUGUUUUCCUAUGGUGGUUGUUUUGAUUUGAUGUUAUAAUUUCCAUUUUCAUGUGAAAAGGAAAAAAAAAAGAGCGAGGAAGAAGUGUGAGAGUAUAUUGUAUAUAAGUGCUUUUACGUGCUUAUUUAUAUAUAUAUCUGCUUUGUCGCUACUAGUGUUUUGUUAAUGAAGUAAUUUGCUGUUCUUGAUUAAACUUACGUUUAGGCCCACAUAUCAGAUGGCUUGAUUAGUGCGAUGGUCACUUUCUCCUUAUCUUCUUGCUGAAGCUGGGGUGAGAGAGAAGAGAAAAAGCUAAGCGUGAUCUCAUGUCGGCAUUGAAUAUAGUUUUCGCUUUAAUGGAGAGAGAGAGUAAAUAGUUUCUUUAUUGACUUGCAUGCAAGGAAUGAUGCUUUGUAACCCCACUUGGCAGGGCACUUUGAAAGCCCGCCUGGAUGUUUCCUUAACGCAUGAAAACGAAGGUCUCGAACUAGUGAGUAGGAAUCAUGGAAGGGUCUAGGAGGAGUUCGAGUGCCAUUCCAACCAGAUGACCCAAGACAGCCUAAGACUGCCACCUCUCCACAUGAUGAUGGGUGGCAAUUUCAUCUGAUCUGGGGAAAUCUUGGGCUGAUCGACUCGAAGCAAUGGACAGAAGAUUGUAAUGACCAGAUUACGUGGGGUUCAUUCUGUAGUUAGAUAACAACCCCACGUAGAAGCCGUAGAUAUAUCUAGAAUGAAGGGCAAAACGAGGACUUCCUUUUGUUGAAGGAAUGCACACACAUCUAUAUCAAUGAAAGAGUGAUGUAGACCACUGAUAAUCCUCCUCACUAGUCAGCCGUCUGUGAGUAAUUGUCAAUGAACUUAUAAAAUUUCUCGAGUCUAAUCUAGACUUGAUGCUUCUCGAUGA